CGUUUUUGUCUCGUGUCUUGAUUUCUGUGUGAUUUUUCGCCGAUAUAGAUAAUGAUGACCCACUCACCAAGUCAUUAUUGUACGGAGAUGUGUACCAUCCGAAGAAACCCCGGAAUUGCAGCAAUCAAUCACAGUCCCGGUUCGAUCCGGGACUAUAUCAGCGCAUUGCUGCCAGCACAUCUAUCAGCAGCCUUCACCGACUGAAGUGACUACAUUUCAUCCCGAAGAGCUCAUCGACCUGCGUUGUACAGACGUCCAACUCACAGCCGCACAUAUGGAAAUCAUCGUUGUGGGUGCCGGCCUUGCAGGGCUCUCUGCGGCCCUUGCCCUGACCCACUCUUCCACCAAACACCACGUAGUGCUUCUCGAGGCUGCUCCUGCCCUUGCAGAGAUCGGUGCUGGAGUUCAACUCGCUCCAAACGCCACCUGGCAGUUCAAAGCUUGGGGCCUUCACCCUCAGCUUCUUGCAGCCUCAGCACUGCCUGAAGCGUGGAACUUGCGCCGUGGCUCUGAUGGAGAGAUCUUGAACCGAGUGCCGAUGGCCAAAUUUGACGAAUGGUACGGCGCGCCCUAUGUCGUUGUGCACCGCGCAGAUCUACAUCGAAUAUUGCAUGAAGCAGCCGUAGAAAGAGGCGUGGAAGUACGUCUGAACAGCCGCGUGGAAGAGUAUGGGGUAGAAGAAGGGUGGGUGAAGCUGACGAACGGUGAGAAAGUCCAGGGAGAUCUAGUUGUGGCCUGCGAUGGUGUCAACAGCGUUGCUCGAACGCAGCUACUCAAAAGCACAAGAAGUACAAUUCAUCAAGUGAACGAGCUGGAAACAACAGGAUGGUCAGCAUAUAGGCUGAUGGCAGAUGUAAAAGAGUUGGAGAAGGAUGCGCUGACGAAGGAAAUUGUAGGCGAACAUUCUGCCAACUGUUGGGCAGAUGCCAACAGAUCCGUGAUGUCCUACAUGAUCCGUGAUUCUGGAAAGCUCAACCUCGUUCUAUCUCAUCCCGAUGACACGGACACCAGUACUUGGAGUCGUGAACAAUACUCCUCUGAGAUUCAGCGGUAUUACCAUGAUCUGGACCCACGUGUACUUCGCCUUGUCGCCCUCAGCACUGGUCCUAUAACUAACUGGCCUGUCCAUCAAGUCGCUAAGCUUCCUACGUGGAUGUCAAAAAGCGGCAGAUUUGUGCUUAUCGGGGAUGCAGCCCAUGCCAUGGCCUUCUACCUUUCGAUGGGUGUCUCACUUGCGAUUGAGGAUGCCGCGGCGCUCGCUACAGCUUUGGAUUUACACACCUCAGGACAAGGCAAUGUGUCUUUGAAGAAAGCGAUGCAGUUGUUCCAGGGCGUCCGAAAACCGAGAGCUGAGAGGAUCAGAGAUGCGAGUUUGCACGCAGGCGAAAUGCUGCACCUUCCUCUGGGGUCGCAAAGGGAUCUGCGUGAUGAAUCUGCAAUGAACGAUACUGCAGUCUCGGAAGCGCAGACAGGCGACUUGUUGUUGGAUUGGAUCAGCUACGGUAUAGCAGAUAAGAUGAUCAGGCAAGACUGCUAUGGAUACGACGUUGUUUCAGAGCUACGUCGUCAAUUUCAUGAAGACGAACUCUUGCCCGCGCAGAGCUAACUCCAUAUUUUGUACAAUUAGCGCAAAAUCACUUUAUCAAACCCAUUAACCUUAAAUCAGUCGGAAAAGUCUGAAGAUGCAACGAG